CUUCAGUCGCGUCGUUGGGUCUGGACAGCUCGGAGCGGAGCAGAGACCGAAUUUCACAAUGAGGGCGUUCGUCGCGAUAGCCGUCCUGGCCUGUGUGGGCGCAGUUCUCGGAGACGGUGGCGGCCACAGUUCGGGCGGCCACAGCUCAGGUGGACACAGCUCUGGAGGCCACAGCUCUGGAGGCCACAGCUCUGGAGGUCACAGCUCUGGCGGCCACAGUUCAGGCGGCCACAGUUCUGGAGGUCACAGUUCUGGUGGCCACAGCUCGGGCGGCAGCUCCUACGCGGCGGCGUCCACCUCGAGCUCCUACUCGGCUCCCGCUCCGUCGUCCGGCUACGCGGCUCCGUCCAAGGGCUCCGGCACCGCCGGCAGCACCGGCUACUACUACUACUACUAUCCGGUGGAGCAGCACCGGCCCCACCCCCGUCCCCAGCACGUCAGCGGCGGCGGUGACGGCGGCCUGGGCCUGAUCGGGCCCAUCCUGCUGGUGGCGCUGGUCGGUAUCGGUCUGCUCGGUCUGCUGGCCGCCGCGGCCGCCAUCGCCAACAACAACAACAACAACAACCGCAGCACCGGCCGUGAGCUGCUACCCAGCAUCCCGCAGCCAGUCUAUGAGCUCAUCCACACGCCCGAGUUCGACCGGGUCGCCACCUUCGCCGUCAAGUCAAUCGCGAAAUGGUGGUAGAUAUAGUUCCCAGUGAGCGCUGCGGCAUGAUUUCAUGCGCGCUCAGCCAGCCGAGGCAAACAAGUGGCCGGUGCCGUCAACAGCCGGCGGCGUCGGACGCGGCUGGCCGGCCCUCUAAGCGCGCCGUGACCGCCCGCUGACGUCGCUACCGCUACUCCACAGACAAACAGUUCCGGCCUGCUGCAGCCAGCCGGCCGGCCAGCGGCGGGUCCGCGCCGAGACUCCUCCGUCCGAGCGUCCGGCCGAGCCGCAAGACCGGCGCCGGGGCCUCCGCGGCGCAGUGGCCAGCGCGGCGCGAGCUCCCGUGCCACGACGCCGAAUUGUCACUCGUCCCGCCGCAUCCGUCCGUCCGCCGUUGAGCUGAUGUCUUCGUCAUCGUUGUGUCGCGAUCAUUGUCAGUGACGGAUGACGACCGCCACGGUCGUUCAUCUCUGUCACUACGUUUGUCCGUACAUCUCGUUGGUCCAGUCCUGUCCGCUCCUUGAGUGUUAUGUUCACAGCGUCCGUGCAUGUGCGUCAUCCUCGUUUUGUGUUCGUCAUUUGUGUUUGUCGACGAUUAUCUUCCAUGUGGCUGUCGCACCACAGCCGUGUCACCAUCGCCAUUCAUUGUUGCGUCUCAUUGUCAAGUCCUCGUCCCAUAUCGAGUGCUCAGUAGCUCAUGGUAUUUAUUAUUUGUUAUUUAUUAUUCCUACGUGCCGCCCCAAUAACCAGGCUUGUGCUCAGUCUGGUUUACUUUUCCAUCAGUAUUCGUUUUCACGUUAUACUGCAUCGUUUUAUCCUCCGUGGCGCUGAACAUUUUGUAUGGAAUAUUUCCAAGAGUAGUUACGAUUCCAAGACGCAGCCUUCUUGUCACAGUAGCGCACUUUCAUCCCCUGUCACACAUUCGCUCGUGUCCCGUCCAGUUAGCCCUUCUUUGGCCCGGGCUGUGGACAUACGGUCCGGGCCAAAAAGCUCAAUGUAUGUGAUACGUUUUUUGUGUAUACCUCGUACGCUUUUGUGAGUUGUUACAGUUGUUAUUGUUAUUAUUGUUGUUACGUCCGCACGCGCCAGGGUCUUGGUGUACAAACGACACGUAUUUGACUGGCUUCAAUCGUGGAAUCGAAGAGCUGCCCCGAGAGCGCGUGACCGCAUGUUGAGAGUGUGCGUGUGAUGCUGUUUGGUACUGUACUUGACGGCAAAUAAAUCAUAGCUCAGAA